CUGUGAGGGGAGUGUGUGUGUGUGUGUGUGUGUGAGAGAGAGAUAAGAGGAGGGAGGAGGCGAGCGGAGGAGGAGGUGCCCAGCAGCAGCAGCAGCAGCAGCAGGGCGACGAGCAUCACCGCCGAAGACGCCGCCGCCGCCGCCGCCGCCGCCACAGCGGAGCAAGCUGUGCCCUCUCGCUCGAGCCCCGCAGCCGGGUCGGCGCGCUUCCCCCGUCGCCCGUGAGCCUGGGGAACCUGCAGCUCAAAGCCUCCGCCAGCCACAGCACCAUGUAUCCCGGGAACAAGCGGAAAAAGGUCUGGAGGGAAGAGAAAGAGCGUUUGUUGAAGAUGACACUAGAGGAGAGGCGUAAAGAAUACAUACGAGAUUACGUUCCUCUGAAAGACAUCCCAACAUGGAUGGAAGAAAUGAAAAGCAAGACCCAAAGUGAUGAAGAAAACACCCAGGAAACUUUGCUGGAGAAGAAAAAUCUGAGUGAGAAAGUCUCCCUCUACAGAGGUGAUAUCACGGUGCUUGAGAUUGAUGCCAUAGUUAAUGCUGCUAAUUCAAGUCUUCUCGGAGGUGGCGGUGUUGAUGGCUGUAUUCAUAGAGCUGCCGGCCCCUGUCUAGUCGCUGAAUGUCGCAACCUGAGUGGCUGUGAAACUGGACAAGCAAAAAUUACUUGUGGUUAUGACCUGCCCGCAAAAUAUGUCAUUCAUACUGUGGGCCCUAUAGCAAGAGGACAUAUUAGUGAUAGCCAUAAGGAAGACUUGGCAAAUUGCUAUAAGUCCUCCCUGAAAUUGGCCAAAGAGAACCUCAUCAGAUCCAUUGCGUUCCCGUGUAUUUCAACAGGAAUUUAUGGUUUUCCAAACGAGCCAGCUGCAAUCAUUGCACUUACCACAAUCAAGGAAUGGUUAAGCAAGAAUUAUCAUGAGAUGGAUCGUGUCAUUUUUUGUGUAUUUUUGGAGGUUGACUACAAAAUUUACAAGAAGAAAAUGAAUGAAUUCUUCCCUGCAGAGGGAGUGGAGCAGCAAGGCCAGUCUCCUUCACCCGUGAAAUGCAAAGCAAAGCAAUCUGAGGACCUGGAGGACAAUAAUGAGGGUGACAACGUCACAGAGGCGAAGCAAAGUACCGAUGAAAUCGAGAGUCAGAGUCAAGAAGCAGAUGAGGCAAAACCUACCGUUGUAAACAGCUCAACAGAUGGAGGAGAGAACGUUUGCAAGGAAAAAGAAUCCUCCCAAGAUGCCAAAGCUACACAAGAACAUAACCCAAUGCCUCAUGCAGUCUGUGAACAAGAUCAAGCUGACGGACACCAAGAGGAAUCCACAGAGGUUGAAAUGAACACUCAGACAGAUUCUCAAGUCUCCUACAUGGAAGCAGAAGAGACUUUGAUAACCCAGGAGGAGACCAUACAAGAAGAGAAACCACAGGCGCCCGAGGUAGAUAGAACUAAUCAAGAAAACAAAGGGGAAGAAAAAGGAGCAGGAGAAGAGAAAGGGAAACAUACUGCAGAGCCGGUGCAACCCGAAGGUCCGUGUGAUACAGAAAACAUUUCAAGUAAUGACAUUGAAAUGAAUAGUCAGGCUGAAGACAUAGAUGAACCUACAGAAUCCCAGACAGACAAUUAAUUUGUAGACGACCAUGAUGAGAGAAGAAGAGAAGAGGAGAGUGGAACAAGAACUGCAGUCACUGGUGCACUAUAUGACAACUUUAUGACUAGCAGACAACAGCACAUCAAGGAGAGUGAGGGAUGGGGGGAGGGGGACUAAGGACAAGGAUCCUUUACAUUCAUUUCUCUUCUUCGUUUCGUUUUGUUCAGUACACAACAUGACGCUUCUCUACUUUGGUUACAAUGUCCUGGUUCAAUCUUCUUUGCUUCGACCCUGUAUGUUUUUCA